AUGAUGCUGGCUGCUGUCAGGGACAACGCUGCGAAUAUAUCAGAAAGGGUUACCAAGUACAGUAGUACGCUGAAUGUCCCUUACUUCAGUCCCAACAGCACCGAGCAUAUUGGAAGGGAACUCUAUUUAUACGUCAUAACUUACACCGAAAACAAGUAUAUCUAUGCAGACAACAGGCGAAAGGUCAACUCGGGUACCACCCGCCUCAUCAUCCGAAAUAAGGAUGGCGAAUAUAUCGACCUAUACAGCCACUUAGAUCAACUUCAGAUGGUGGUGAGGGAGAGCAACGUUUUGAAUGACAGGACUUUUUGGACAGAUAUUGUUGACGUCAUUACAAAUGAGACCUUUGUUCUAAAUGCAACAUUUUAUAACAACAUGGACGGAGCAUUAAUGAAUGUCGAAAUCAAAGCCAUAACACCGUGCAAUGUAACUGGAUAUGAUGCAAGCAGUGGAGGGCAAGAUCUUCUUCUCGAUCUACACCUUGUUUCUGGGUCAAAUAUGACUAUAUCACAGCAACCAUCUAAUCUAAAAAUAACAUACCAGAACCAAUCAUUAGGUAUUGUUUUUGUACCACCUGAUAUAGGAGACAUGACAUCAUUUGAUUUGUUCUUCAAUUGUGAAGUGUGCCUUUAUGGACAGAUGUCAUUUUUAAUAGUUCUGUCACGGGAAGUCACUAGAAAUGACUAUGAUUGUGCAAUGAACUUUGUAAAGGGCAUGAUUGAUUAUCUAAAUCUUGAAUUUUCGCUCCACGUUUUUGGUACGUACCUACAGACAAUAUUCACGUUUGAUUACCAUGUUAACAGUUCUAUGGAUGUCAAUACCUACUACAAUUUAAGCAGUAUAUCAAAGAGCGGUCUUUACAAUGCGAAUCUUGAUUGGGCCUUGAACAAUAUGACGUCAUUCGUAAUGGCCAAUGCUAACUGGUCAAAACGACAGUUUCUAGUUCUCAUAACCGAUGGAUAUUUUGACGUGAAUUCAACACUAGAUGAUGUCGUCAAUGAGGCGUCCGUUCUCCAUAACUUGCCUGUUACUAUUGUUGGAGUAAAAUACGGUACGUACUCCGUUAAUGCGUUCAACUUAGAGAUGAUAGUCCACACUCCUCCGGAAUGGUAUAUUUUUACCUUAGGCAGGAACCCGUACACAGCCGUGAAGACGUUGGCGCUGCAGGAGCUUAUGGGAAACAUUUGCUACGGAGACUUUUGGAACAGAGACUAUAAUAAAAUGAGAUUCGGGCGUGUAUCGGCUUUUGCACUCAAUUACACUUCAAACAAGUGGGAGAGGUCAACCGACAUCAAGAUGAAAGAUAUUUCGAUGGAAACAGAAACGAUUACUUUCCAGAGUAAUUUCCUUGGUACGUUUGGAUCUAAUGUCUUUGUUCUUCCUCCCGAGCUGAUCAACUUUGAUGAACUGUUUGUGGACUUUGCGGCCAAGCUUGCUGAUACCCCGUAUGUCCUUGCUGUCAAUGUUACCUGUAUGGUUUUAUUGGUCUUGUUGACAAUUAUUCUGCGGCACUGGGACACACAAGAUAACGUUUUGUGGAACUACCAAUCACUUGCGGACAACAACAACAGUGAUAAGUAUUCAUACUUUCUGUCAUUCUACACGGGAUUCUGGUCUAGUCGAAGACUCUCCGCAACACCCUAUAUUAUCCUCAGGGGAUCACGUGCUACUACUUCGAUAAGAAUCUUACAAGAUGUGAAAAGAGGGAAUUUCCAGCGUUGGACUCUGCAGAAUUUCCUACUGAAAACUGAUAAAAAUCUCGGAAUCUUAUGCGAGGUAGAAAUAGGACAUGACGGAAAGGGUGAUUCUCCUGGAUGGUUCUUAGAAAAAAUCCUUGUUUAUGAUAGUGUAAACAAUGAAAAAAACAUAUUCCUGUGUGGCAAUUGGCUGUCCCCAGAUCGAGGAGACUGUAAAUUACAUCGGAAAUUGUAUACAGCGCGAACUGAAUUGAAUGAAGGACGUGUACUCUUUGGUAGCAAUACGAAAUUCAAUCUAUUUGACGACUUUUUGCUGUUAUCGUUAUUCAGUCGACCUUCUUCUAGCAGAUUCACAAGAGUCCAGCGUUGUGUUUCUGUUUUUGCGAUGUUGUUUUUAACAAUGUUAGCAACUGCGAUGUGGUACAGAACGUUAGACGAUGCCCAGACAUAUGGAAUUCAUGUGGGUCCUUUUCAUCUGAACUAUAAACAAUUUUACGUCGGUUUCAUGUCUAGUUCCAUCACGAUUUUACCGGGGAUUUUAAUGGCAUGGAUUUUCCGAAAUCGUUAUCAGAAGACCGACCAUUUGUUGUUAAACAAAGGCUUCUUGCCAUGGUGGACCGUUAUCAUUGGCUAUGUGUUUGCUUUUUCUUGUAUUAUUGCUGGUGCAACAUUCACAUUCUUCUACAGUCUACAAUGGGAAAGGGAGACAACUGUUGAUUGGUUGAUGUCUUUCUUUCUUGGAACUACUCACGGCGUAUUAUUCAUAGAACCGAUAAAGGUUGUACUACUAACAUUGUUGGUAGCAUUUCUGUGCAAGAAAUAUGCUAAGCGUGAUUUGGAGGAGAUGGCUACCAUUCGCAUGUCAACAUAUUCCGUAACUCACGAAAAGGACAAUGAAAACAGAGAGAAUGAGCAAACACAGUUACCUGCCGAUCAGUUACUUGCGGACACAACUGACACAAGAAGACGAAAAAUGGCUCAUAGAAAAACCCUUCUUGAUAGAAAACUAUUAACAUUAUACAGAUCUCUGUUGAUUAAAACAUGUUACAUUACACUUUUGACAAUAAUUUGUGCUCAUAAUGCAGUCUGGACGUCCUUUCUACAAAACAGUGCUCUGGAAAACCUCCUCACUCCAGCACAAAAAAUCAACACAUCAGAUGAUAUCUGGUCUUGGUUGAGAGGAAGACUAGCUGAUCAUGUGUUCCCAAAAUUCUUUUACAAUGGUGACUUCCGAUUGACAGAGGAACGACGUUAUUUGUUUGAUGACGUCAGCUACCGAAUUAGCUCAAUGAGACUCCGACAAGUAAGAGUCAAUGGAAAGUGUGACGUUCCUGCGUUUCUAGAUGCAUUGAUUACUAUCUGCCCACCUAGCUAUUCCAGAAACAACAUGGACACCACAAAUUACUGCGCAGGCUGGAUUCCAAGAAAUAACAGAAAUUGCAAGGGUACUGAAUGGACAUAUAAAUCAGAUGAUGAAACAAAUGCUCUUCCAACAGCAGGGCUAGAAAAGGUUUACAACGGAGGAGGAUACGUGAAGUUACUUGACCCAGAACUCAACAUUUCAGAUGUCCGAAAUGAAUUAUAUUCCAUGCAAUCCAACAACUGGAUCGAUAAAUUCACACGAUUCGUUGUCAUAGAAUUCAUGUUGUUCAAUCCAAAUUCCAAACUUUUCUCUCUCCCUAAAUUAAUGAUUGAAAUACCUGCAACUGGAGGUUUUUUCACUAAUAUCAAAAUAAAAACAACCAGACUAUACCCAUACAUCGACGUAUUUGAUUUUUUUGUAUUGGGAAUCCAGGUGAUAUUCCUAUUCAUCACAUUCAGCCGAUUCCUGCACUUGGUUUACUCGUCCUGGAAGCUCGGAAAAUAUUGUUGUACGAUUGCGCAAUGGAUAUAUUUGUUGAGUGUCGGAGUAUCGAUAACAUCGAUAGUCUUUUAUGUAAUUCGAAUAGACAGAACUGUCUACACAGUAGAAGAAAUCAACAACUCACCUGGUAAAUUUGUCUCCCUUGAUCUCCUUGAUCUGAUGGAUACUUCAUACAAGGUAUGCAUAAGCCUUGAACUUUUCAUAGCAGUGAUCGACUUGCUGUCUCCGUUGACCUUGAACCACAGCCUCUAUUUAAUGAGAACUUCGGUAUCGUUUUGUGGUAAAGACCUGGUUUAUUUGGGUUUAGCGUCGAUGAUACCAAUGACAGCCUUUGCUAUUCUUUGCUAUUGCUACCUUGGUCCACAUCAGGCUGAGUUUAAAGAUAUCAGUUCUUCAUACACUACCUUAUUCCGUACUCUACUCGCCAUGAUCAAGGUACAGGACACUUUUGAUUCGGAUGAUAUCUUUUCCGGUUUAAUUUUUUCCGUAUUUUUACUCCUGAUGACCAUUGUAGUGGUAAAUGUAAACAUUUGUAUAUUGAACGCUGCUCUAUCUCGUGUGAAAGAGACGGGUCUCGUGUCAACGGAAUUUAAAACAUAUGACAAAGAUCUCCAAAAGCAUUUCUGGAGGACAAUCAACAAUACUUUAAAGAUGUUUCAACGAAGACCAAAGAGUAAUAACAGUAAUCUGCUUACAUUUUCAGAUAACACCCAUAUUUGGAAUUUGGUCAUUACCCUUGACAAUCAGAUUUUCAAAGUCCUUGGACAUUUGGAGCAAGCUCAUGUAGAUGAUGUGGAAGACCUUGAAGCGUACAUUCAUCUGCACAAAAUAAUAACUAAGCGCUUCACAUGA